GCGGCGACGGUACCUGGCAACCCGGAGACGCAAUCUGUGUCAAUUGCCGUGGAGCGAAUAAAGGCCGUAGCCUAUUUCUGACUGAGGCUUAUUUUUGUUUAACAUGCGAAGCUGUCUUUUGCUCGUCUACAAGCCGGGUUGACGAUUCAUUUUUACUAACCUUGUUGCUCGUUUUUGUUCUUUCCGACUAGCGUUGCUUGGUUACCGUUUUCCCCCUUUCCGCGCUGUAGCGGCAGGUGUAUAAGGUGAAGAGGCUUCAGGAUGACGCCUUUCUCUUUCAUCGCUCGACGCGAAAAUAAGACUCCUUAGGGGAGCUUCUGUCUUUGUUCGCUGGACGUUUUCUUAUUGGAUAUUAUUUUUAAAGAGGGGUAAAGAAACCAUGAGCCGGAAUGUGGAUAAUUACAUUUUCAAACCAGUCGUCAUUAAUAGACAGUAAUUAAUCAGUGCAAGUUAAUUGUCUGAAGGGGAUUACUUUGGUUGAAUUCUGUAAUGUGCUGCGUUGGGUUGUAGCAGACAGCUCGGUGUUCAGGAUCAAUCGGCCACAGGAAGAUUAUCAGCCCUGUCUGACUGUCUGUCUGUGGCAGAUAAAAAAAAAUAAAAAUGGUGUUUCGGAGUGAGGAAAUGUGCUUGGCGCAAUUGUUUCUGCAGUCCGGCUCUGAAUAUGACUGCAUCAGUGAGCUGGGAGAGCUGGGGCUGGUCGAGUUCAGAGAUCUCAACCCCAGUGUCAGCUCAUUCCAGCGGCGCUUCGUCAGCGAAAUCAAGAGAUGCGAGGAGAUGGAGAGAAUCCUGGGCUUCCUUUUGAGGGAGAUCCAGAAGGCUAAAAUUGCCGUGCCUCAAGAAGACGAGAGUCCACUUGCUCCUCCACCCAGACAGGUCCUGGAGAUCAUGGAGCAACUUCAGAGGCUGGAGAUGGAGCUCAGCGAGGUGGCGAAGAACAAAGAUAAGCUUCAGAGGAACCUGCUGGAGCUCACAGAAUACACACACAUGCUGAAGAUCACCCGGAGCUUCAUACACAGCCGCUCCAGACAUGAAGCUCUUGGUCCCCAGUAUGAAGAGUUCCCCACCAUGGAGACAGAUUCGGCUACAGGAAGCACUGGCAUGCAGAGACUUGGAGCUAAGCUGGGCUUUAUUUCAGGACUCAUCCAGCGGGUGAAGGUGGAGGCCUUUGAGCGCAUGCUGUGGAGAGUGUGUAAAGGCUACACAAUCCUGAGCUACACAGAAGUGGACGAGAGCCUCGCCGAUCUCGACACCGGGGAAAUAAACAAAAGCGUUGUGUUUCUCAUCUCCUUCUGGGGAGAUCAAAUUGGACAUAAAGUUCAAAAAAUCUGCGACUGUUACCACUGCCACUUAUAUCCGCAUCCUGAGAAUGACGAGGAACGUGCAGACGUGUUGGACAGCUUACGAACACGGAUCCAGGACCUCAACAACGUGCUUCAUCGCACCGAUGACUACUUGAGGCAAGUUCUGCAGAAGGCUGCUGAGUCAGCCUACGCCUGGGUUGUGCAGGUGAAAAAGAUGAAGGCUAUCUAUCACAUCCUCAACCUGUGCAGCUUUGACGUUACCAACAAGUGUCUGAUUGCCGAGGUUUGGUGUCCCGUCAGUGACUUGGCAAACCUGAGAGGGGCUCUAGAAAAGGGUUCGAGAAAAGGAGACGCCACUGUCCCUUCCUUUGUAAACCGCAUCCCAAGCAGCGAUACGCCGCCGACGCUUUUAAGAUCCAACAAGUUCACCACAGGCUUUCAGAGCAUCGUGGAGGCUUAUGGGGUUGGGGACUAUCGCGAGGUAAGCCCAGCUCCUUACACCAUCAUCACAUUCCCCUUCUUGUUUGCCGUGAUGUUCGGGGAUCUCGGCCAUGGCAUGAUAAUGAGCCUCUUCGCCCUGUGGAUGGUGCUGACGGAGAAAAAUCAAAAGAAGAAGCGUUCUAGUAAUGAGAUUUGGAUGACGUUCUUCCAUGGGCGUUACAUCAUCCUGAUGAUGGGACUUUUCUCCAUCUACACCGGACUCAUUUACAACGACUGUUUCUCCAAGUCUCUAAAUAUAUUUGGCUCUGGAUGGAGUGUGAAGGCUAUGUUCACCAAUCAGCAGUGGACCAACAAAACAGUCCAAACAAACGCUUUGCUCACAUUAGACCCAAAUGUCAGUCGUGUGUUCAGUGGACCGUAUCCAUUCGGCAUUGAUCCUAUUUGGAACCUGGCUGUGAAUCGUCUGUCUUUCCUCAACUCGUACAAGAUGAAGAUGUCAGUCAUCGUCGGUGUUGUUCACAUGAGCUUUGGUGUGGUGCUGAGUGUCUUCAACCACUUGCAUUUCGGACAGAAAUUCAGUGUUUACCUGCUGUUUCUUCCCGAGCUGCUCUUCCUGAUCUGUCUCUUUGGCUACCUGGUCUUCAUGAUUCUCUACAAGUGGUUGGCUUUCAGUGCACACAACUCCAGCCAGGCUCCCAGCAUCCUCAUCCACUUCAUCAACAUGUUUGUCAUGCAGGGGAAGGAUGUAACUCCUUUGUAUCCGGGACAGACUGGCCUGCAGGUCUUCCUUCUCCUGAUUGCUGUGAUGUGCGUUCCCGUGUUGCUGCUGGGGAAACCUCUUUACUUGUACUGGCAGCAGCGCGGCGGCAAAGGCCUGCGCAGACGCAGAGGUUAUGAGAGGGUGAGGCGUGUGAGUGAGGAUGAUGGCUCCAUAACGUCCAUUCAUGAGGAGGAUGAAGAGGAGGGAUUUGAUGAAGUGACCAGCAGAGAAGCUCCUCCUAAGCAGUUUGACUUUGCAGACGUGCUGAUGCACCAGGCUAUCCACACCAUAGAGUACUGCCUGGGCUGCGUUUCCAACACUGCGUCUUACCUGCGCCUGUGGGCGCUCAGCUUGGCUCACGCCCAGCUGUCAGAGGUGCUGUGGGCCAUGGUGAUGCGCCUGGGUUUCAAGAUCACCACAAAAGUCGGGGUGGUGUUUCUGGUCCCUGUGUUCGGCCUUUUCGCCACGCUCACUGUGUCGAUCCUGCUGGUCAUGGAAGGCUUAUCAGCGUUCCUCCAUGCUCUGCGACUUCACUGGGUGGAGUUUCAGAACAAAUUCUACCAUGGAACCGGUGUCAAAUUUCUGCCCUUCGACUUCUCCCAGCUGCCCUCGGUUUUUGAGCAAGAUGGCUUGCUUUAACCCUCCUAAAGCGGCGGUGGAUGUGCGCUUCAGCAGACUUUACAACUGUGAAGGUUUUGUGAGCGUUGGAAUGAUUCAUUCUGUGACAACAGCAAACCCUCAAGACUCUGAACUGAAACUCAUUCUUGUAGCAACAUUUAUCACCUUGAUGGGUUUUUAAAUGCUAUCGGCCUGUGCUGACCGCCUUACUAUUCUACCCAGCACACCUCUGGAGAGAUGGAGGUACAAAAACAAUGUUUCUUUCUGUUGACCUUGUCACUUUCUGGAUGAGUUACUGCUCAGCACCUUCUGUCACCAGCUGAGUGAUUUUUAAAAUGUAUUUUAUUUGCAUUGUGCUGUGUAAAAUGGCUUUGUAUGCUUGGUAUUUAAAGAGCUCAAGUCAAAACCGUAAGCAGUGCCAUAGAGAUUGAGUAAAGGGGUGCCAUUUUAUCUUCUUCAUGUAAUAAAGGUAAAGCUGCAGGCAUCCGUAAUCAGUAACACAUUAAACAUUUCAACCCUUUACUGAGAUUUCUUUUACCAUAAAGCACUUUGCAGAAAUGAUUGUACAAUGUAAAGUUCUCACUACUGACUGUGAUGAUGCCAAAUGAAAAUAGUCACUUGUUGCUAUUUGCAUAUUUACUUAUUAUUGCAUUUAUGAGCCCUUGUUAUUAAAAACAUUAUCCAAAAACACCAUUAGAAACCAUAGUUAGAUCUUUCUUUGAUUUUACAGCUUAUUCCUAUUGUUAAUGAUAAUGAUUCAUGAUAUUUAUCUAACUUACUGUCUGUACAAGAGUAAUAUUUUACCAUUCUGAUGCGUCAAAUAAAGGUUUUGACAAAGGCAAUUGAA